UAUUACUAUUUUUUAUCCGCAACGCUCAUCAGUAAACCAGUGAGAAAAACAACCCUACUGUGAUCGGUAAAUCAUCGGCUUGCUGUCGACAUUCUUCAUUCUAUUUUGCUGCUUAUCAUUGAGCGACUGGACAUUAUUUCUACUCCAUAUAAUUGCCCAGGAUUGCAUAAUGUUCCAAGUGCGACCAAAUCUGUAUAGCCGAUUUCUAAAGCCGUUAGUAAAUUGUACUAUAACACAACGCAAUAAUCACAUAGAAACAAAAGUAAAACUUAGUAACGGUAUCACCAUCAAUUAUGUUCAAACGGGCAAAGGGGACAAAAAUGUGUUGCUAAUGCCUGGUGCACUUGGCACUGGCUGGUCACAUUUCAAACCACAAAUAGAAAAACUACCUGAGUUGCUACCAAAUCAUACAAUAAUUGCAUGGGACCCGCCCGGUUACGGAAAGUCGCUACCGCCAGAACGACACUUUGAUCUCAACUUUUUGCAAAACGAUGCACGUUGUGCUGUAGACCUGAUGCGCACUAUAGGAAGACCCAAAUUUUCUAUACUAGGAUGGAGUAAUGGUGGCACAACUGCCAUCAUUGUGGCUGGUCGUUUUGUCGAAUGUGUCGAAAAACUAGUUAUAUGGGGUGCCUGUGCUUAUUUGGAUGCUGAACACAUAAAAACAUUGCGAGUUUUGCGCGAUGUGCAGAAAUGGUCACAACGGAAUCGUGAAAUAAUGGAGAAAGUAUACGGUGUAGAGGGAUUUCCAAAGUUGUGGUCUGCGUGGGUUGAUGCUGCGGAUGCAAUUUAUAAAAAGCGUAAAGGAGACUAUUGUUGCACAGAAGUAACCCAAAUAAAAGCCCCAACUUUUAUAUUGCAUGGCAAGAAGGAUCCAAUUAUUGCUGCCGAGCACAUACCAUAUCUAAGGGAAUGUAUAAAAGAUUCCAAAUAUUAUGAAUUCCCCGAAGGCAAACAUAAUAUUCAUCUACGUUAUGCAGACGAGUUCAAUAAAUUGGUAGCGCAUUUCUUAACGCAAAAGCCCUAACAUCGUACUUCAAAAGAAUUUUAUAUGUGUAUACAUAUGUAUAACCGCUGACCUUUGGUAAUAUCGCAGUCUACGGAACCGAUUGUGGUAUUGUUUUAUUUAAAUGUUAACUCGUCUUAAGUAAAAGGUCAAACUUUU